GUUCGUUUCAGCAAUUCUUUGAUUAUAGCACACACCUUUGGGUCAUGGCGCCCAUUUUAUCCAAGGAGCGGCUGCCCCCCAAGAUGAGACCAGAAGAUGCGGCCAAGGUCGUGGCGCAGAAGGCUCGGCCCUUCCUGGAUAGCUUCUUAAAGCUUGUGGAGGUCUCCAUCCAGACUGGUGGUGUGGUGGUGGAUGAAGCGAAACUGAUGGCGAGCAACCUCGGCAGCCUCGUGGACAAGUGCAUGCACGGUAGUGCAAAGCUUCUGCAGGCCUUGUGUUGUAUCGACCUGGAAAAGUUCACAAGAGGUCCAGAGAAGCCAGCGCUUCAAAGCCAGCUGCCGGUGAUCUUCGUCUUAGGGCUGCUGGCCAUGCUGUACAGCGCCUUCGUGUUCGCUUACAUGCCUGCAGCCGGCCUCUCGCUGAACAGUACAGAGAGCUUGCUUUUCCACGCCUUCGUCUUCUUGACGCUGGCCAGCUUUGCACAGGCCGCGCGCACCGACCCGGGCGACGUGCCAGCGGGUCCCGAGUGGCGUGACCGCGAUCAGCCACCCAGGUGUAUGCACGAGCAGAAGAGAUUUAGUGGAGAGGCACGCUGGUGCCGGAAGUCGCAGGCCUUCAAACCCGAUCGUGCUCACUUCUGCCGAGCUAUGGGUCGCGUGGUGCUUCGCAUGGACCACCAUUGCCCAUGGCUUGGCAAUACCGUGGGCUGGGCCAACCACAAAUACUUCUACUUGUUCCUGGCCUACACGAACAUGGCGUGCGGGAUGCUUGGGCUGAACGUGCUGGACCUCUUGGUGCACGCAACCUUGCCGGCCCUGACCACCUUCCUGCUCAUUGGCACUGAAGCAUUGACGUUCCUCCUCUCCAGCAUUCUGGUUCCCUUUUUCCUCUUCCACACCUGGCUCAUCAUCCGCAACAUGACCACCAUCGAGUUCUGCGCCUCCUUUGCGCGUGGCCCCGAUGAGAAGCCCUACGACAAUCCUUAUGAUGUGGGCAUCUAUCAGAACGUGUGCGCGGUGCUUGGAAGCUCGCCCUUGGUUUGGUGGGCACCUGUGGGUGGUCCAAGUGGCAAUGGCAUUUUCUUUCCACGCAAAGGAGUACCAGAGCACUUUGUGAUUUCGGAUGAGAAUGAGGAGGAUCCUGAAGCUGCUCAUCCUGUCUCAGAAGAAGGUAGUGAAGCUGGCAGUGGACUGGAGGUGAAGGAGGAUGCCUCCUGCAACUUCUUCGUUUGGGUGGAUGCGGCUGAAUUCACCGAUGACCUGAAGGUGGGCUGCGAGGUGAUCCUGGAGACCGCAGAGGAUGCCUACUUGUCCGCUUGGCGCCUCCUAUCGCGCUGCCGUGGGCGACCACGACGGAAGUCCAAGCGCGAGCCAACGGAAGUGCAGGCGAGCGACGACUCGAGCGACUCCAAGUCCGAAGGCGAAGCCUUUUUAUGUGUUUGAAGAGCAGACCGAGCAGACAGCCCGGGCGUGCGGCCAAUGGCAGUCACAGCAGUCGCUGCUGGUUGGGCAUGAAGUUUACUCUUGCACUCUUACAAUGGUGGUAUUUGAGCACUGGAACACCUUGUCUCAUUGUCUCAUUUUCUGCGGAUUAUGGCCCCCAUGUAC